AUGGGCCCUUCCCUCCGUGACCUCUGCAUGGGCUGCCCCUGGCCCAGCCUGCCCGUUAUAUCCUCCCUAUGGUCCGACUUCUUCUUCUUCUUCUCCGCCUCCCAAACCGUUUUCCACCACUUCCCCGACUCAAUCGUCCAGCUCCUCCACGCCUGCUUCUCCUCCUCCGGCGUGGGGCCACGGCUCGGAAUAUGCCAGCUCAGCAGCAGCCGUAGCUCCUGGCACACUCUUCCUCCAAGUCCGCCACGGCCACGCCGUGAGGAACGUGAAUUUCAUAACCGAGCAAGUGAUCCGUCUCCUCAUGCAAAUUACAGUCGAAAAUCCGAGAUUGGGACAGAUACUUCCGUCGUGGUUUUUGUCGGGUGGAAACGGGCACGCGCUGGCGUGGUUUUGGGGAUUUUGGCGGGGAUUAAGGAGGUGAUGACGUGGCACAUGGAAUUUGUAGCGGGGGUGCUCGACGGGAGAAUAUUGCUGGGGUGUGAUGGGAUGACGUGGAGGGAGUACGUGACGGGAUAUUUGAGGUUGAUGAUGGGGUGUGCGCCAGAGUGGGUUGCUGAGGUGGACGUGGAGGUUUUGAAGAGUGUGGGGCCAGGGCUGAGGCGGUGGGGCGAGGAGGAAAUGGGUUCGAAACUACUCGGAUUAGGUGGGAUUCGGGCUAUGGGGGCUGCUGCAGAGAUGAUUAUAGAAAAGUGGGAUUUGAUUUUAAAUAAUUAUCUGUUAGUGUAA